AUGCCAUCUGGAGCCCUCCAGGUCCUCAUUCCACUCCGCCCCGGCUGGUCCAACGCCAUGUUUACUGCAUGUUAUGUUGAGAGUAUUGCUCACAUGUUUCUGCGAGGCGCCUUCCACCAUGAGGAGCAUGUCCCAAGCUCAGAGGAGGAACCAUUUGUUCAACGCCCUGUGACAAGGAGGAAGCGAGCACUGGACGAGGACCCAGACUACCACGAUAGCCGCCCGGCCCAAAACGAUGAGCAUGGACCAAUUAACAAAGUCGGGUACAGAGGCGUUCGGCGACGCCCAUGGGGCUCUUACGCUGCGGAGAUUCGUGACGCGAGCAGUGGAAAGCGCAGGUGGAUCGGCACCUUUAAAACACCGGAGGAGGCGGCGCGAGCGUACGACGAGGCAGCACUGGCGCUGCACGGGCCCCGGGCCAAGACCAAUUUUGUGUACGACUGCCAAAUGCAACGGCAGCAGCAGCAGCAGCAGCAGCAGCCUGCGAAGUCCGUUCAGGUGCUGCAGAUGGUCUUCCGGCGUGACUCAGACGACUCCAACUGCUCAAUGACCGCUCCGCUGCCGUACACGGAUUACCUGGUUACCACGGAUGCGCAGCGGCAGCGGCAGCAGCAUCAACAACAGGACGAGCAACUGGAACAUGAGAAGCAGGACGAGCAACAGGACGAGCAACAGGAGGGUGACGAGCAGGAGCAGGACCCCCAGCAGCAACAGCAACAGCAGCCGCGGCUAGAGGCGCUUGUUGAGGUCGCCCACUUCUUCGGUCGAAGGGAUUUCGCAAUGGCCUGA